GGGUGGGGGGGGAGGUCAAACGAAAUAUCUUUUAAAUACGCGGAACAUUUUGUUGGGGGGGGGGAAAGUCUCCACCUGUUAUUCGGUAACAUCGACGGGUGGCUAAGUUAGCUGCUAGCUCACGUUAGCUGGUCGCGUUAGUUUCUGCCCCUGCUGCGUAUUAAGCAAGCCUUCAGGUAGCCUUCUAGAUCAACUGCUUGUUGUCUCUUACUGAAGUGCAUCGGAGACCAGAGGGAAGAGUGAAAGGCUGUCAAGAUGCUGCAGUGAUGCACAGAGUGUUGAUAUUAAUCAUGGCCACCGGGGCGGUGCAAGGAUGCGCCGACUCGGAGAGCUGCCCGACGCCUUCGCCCAGUAACACCUCCAGGGACUACUGUUACUCGGCCCGAAUUCGCAGCACAGUGCUCCAGGGCUUGCCCUUUGGCGGUGUGCCCACUGUCCUUGCCCUUGACUUUAUGUUCUUCUUGGGGCUGCUGGUGGUGUUCUCCUUCUUAAGAAAAGUAGCAUGGGACUAUGGGCGCCUGGCUCUGGUGACUGACGCUGACAGAAGAGUGGAUCAACGGUACAGUCGCCUGGAUGAUCGGGAAUAUAUGGCCUCUGCCAUGACGUCAGACACACAAGAACGCUAUGAGCGCCUCACAUCAGUUUCCAGCUCUGUGGACUUUGAGCAGAGAGACAAUGGCUUCUGCUCCUGGCUAACUGCCAUCUUCCGCAUCAAGGAUGAGGAGAUAAGGGAGAAGUGUGGUGAAGAUGCAGUACAUUACUUGUCCUUCCAGCGCCACAUCAUUGGCCUGCUGGUAGUGGUGGGCGUGCUCUCUGUGGGCAUCAUCUUGCCAGUUAACUUCUCGGGAAACCUACUUGAAAACAAUGCCUAUAGUUUUGGGCGAACCACUAUAGCAAAUCUGGAUGCAGAUAAUGCACUACUGUGGCUGCACACCAUCUUUGCAUUUCUCUACCUGUUACUGACGGUGUACAGCAUGAGACGGCACACCUCCAAAAUGCACUACAAGGAGGAUGACCUGGUGAAACGCACUUUAUUUGUCAAUGGAAUCUCCAAAUAUGCAGAGGAGUCAGAGAUAAAGCAACACUUUGAGCAGGCGUAUGAAAACUGUGUUGUACUGGAAGCUCGUAUCUGUUACGAUGUGGCCAGGCUGAUGUAUCUGAACUCUGAGAGGAAGAAGACAGAGCGCAGCAAGAAAUUCUUCCUUGACCUGCAGGCCAAGGAGCACAUUGCCACCAUGAUCAAUCCGAAACCCUGUGGACACCUUUGCUGUUGCGUAAUCAAAGGCUGUGAGCAGGAAGAGGCAGUGAGCUACUAUACCAAGCUGGAGUCACAACUAAAAGAAGAAGGAAGGAAGGAGAGAGAAAAGGUUAACAGGAAGCCCUUAGGAAUGGCCUUUGUCACCUUCCAGAACGAGUCCAUAACUGCCAUAAUCUUGAAGGACUUUAAUGCUUGCAAGUGUCAGGGCUGUCACUGUCGCCGGGAGCCCAAGAGCUCUCCAUUCAGCGGCAAGCUCCACACACAAAACUGGACUGUCAGCUACGCCCCUGAUCCACAAAACGUCUACUGGGAGCAUCUGUCAGUGGGAGGAUUCUCCUGGUGGAUCCGCUGCUUGAUCAUCAACAUUGUCCUCUUCAUCCUCCUCUUCUUUCUCACCACACCGGCCAUCAUCAUCUCCACCAUGGACAAGUUCAAUGUUACCAAACCAGUGGAGUACCUAAAUAAUCCAAUCAUUACCCAGUUCUUCCCUACUCUCCUUCUGUGGUCCUUCUCCGCCCUACUUCCUACCAUUGUCUACUACUCUGCGUUCUUCGAAGCCCACUGGACCCGGUCAGGGGAGAACAGGACCACAAUGCAUAAAUGCUACACUUUCUUGAUCUUUAUGGUCUUGUUGCUGCCCUCUCUAGGACUCAGCAGUUUGGAUGUUUUCUUCCGCUGGCUUUUUGACAGAAGAUUCUUGGCGGAUGCAAAAGUGAGAUUUGAGUGUGUGUUCCUUCCUGACAACGGAGCCUUCUUCGUGAACUAUGUCAUUGCGUCUGCAUUCAUUGGUAAUGCCAUGGACCUGCUGAGGAUCCCCGGCCUACUUAUGUACAUGAUCCGCCUCUGCCUGGCCCGCUCUGCAGCAGAGAGGAGGAACGUCAAGAGGCACCAAGCUUAUGAGUUCCAGUUCGGGGCAGCUUACGCCUGGAUGAUGUGUGUCUUCACCGUGGUUAUGACCUACAGUAUCACCUGCCCAAUCAUCGUCCCUUUUGGACUGAUGUACAUGCUACUGAAGCACCUAGCGGACAGGUACAACAUGUACUACGCCUAUCUGCCAUCCAAACUGGACAAGAAGAUCCAUUCUGGAGCUGUCAACCAAGUGGUGGCCGCUCCCAUUCUCUGCCUUUUUUGGCUUCUGUUCUUCUCCACUGUUCGCUCUGGUUUUUCAGCUGCAACGUCCAUGUUCACGUUCGUAGUUUUGAUCAUCACAAUCAUUAUCUGCCUCUCUCAUGUCUGCUUCGGACAUUUUAAAUAUCUCAGUGCUCACAACUACAAGAUUGACACCCAGACCGUGGACGGGUUGGAGAAUGGGCGUCCAGUGUGCGCUAUUGCUUCCAACAAGGCAGCACAAAUGUACAUUGCUCAGGUACUUCAAGACCCAAAUUCAGAGGAGGCUGGUUCAGGCAGUGGCGAGGAAGACGGCCAGGGGUCCUCGCAGGACGAGGAAAUAAUAAAUGUGGAAAAUGGCCUAAAUGAGGACUUCCAGUCUGGUGAGGACAGCCUCAUUGAUAAUGAAGUGCGACACUGAUACUCCCUGGACCAGAAAAAUAAAAAUCCCCUGAGUUUAACUGGAGGAGUGCACUGAAUAUGUGAAUUAAACCAGGAACUGAACCAACAGUUCUCCAAAGCAUCUCAACCUCCAUGGAGGGACUCUACACUAACAUAAGCACACUGUCUACUAAGGAUUAAAUGGAUUGUCGCUCAAGGACUUUUUACUGGGUCUCACCAAACAACGUCUUCUGUCUGUGUACCUGCAGAGGGAAUCUACUCUGACAAUGCAGCAGGGCAGCAACAUCCUACUGUCCUGAUAAAGCUCAAGACACUGCGAAACACUGCACAUGGACCCUUGAAAGAAAGACACUAAUGCACAAAUGAAGAAUAUUUUGCCUUGUCUUGUAAGGGGAUUAAUAUUCUGGUAUUUCCUUAACAUUACUGCACUUGAAAAAGAGGACCUGUCCUAUAAGCUCGAGUUUCACUAAGGUACUGUAGUACAGCAUGCCUUCAAGUUCAAACGGUGGAGGGAUUUUCCUGUAAUCCUUUGUCAGUAUCUCUAAUUGUCUGCACUACUGUAUAUGCUUCCCCUCAAUAAGCAGCUGGCACAGGGGGAGAAACAGGAGUUUUCCACUCUACCAGAUAGCUUGGUCUGUGCUGAUGUGAUGGUCUCAAAAUGGUUCUUCCAAUUCCAUAGAAGCCUUUCAACAACAAAAAAAGAAAGAAAUCACUGCUACUAACACUCCUCGCUUUGACACUGUACAGCUACAAAACUCUGGAUUUGUAAAAUAGCCUUUUUUGACAUGGUAUUUAUUUGUAGGCAUUGAAUUUUAAAUGCUACCAAGCUUGAUAUACCCCUAAACUGUUGAAGAAGAUAAUAUUUUGGAACACUACAUUAAUUAUGAUCUUUUUUAGACGUUCAGUCUCUGAGCCUUUGUUGGGACUUGCUGUUGGACUGCUGCUACUGAUGCUGCCCCAGUAGGGGGACUGGAGGCCAGGAGCCUGCUGAUCCCUUUGUGUUGCUCAGAGGAUGAAGAGAAAGGCCUUUUUUGAGUUUUUUUUUUUUUUGUGGGUCACUUUCAGAUGAUACUUAUUGUGACUGGUUCUCUUUAUCUGUUGUUCUCAUUUGUAUCUUAUUUGACAGUAUGUUUACGUCUUUAUGUAAAGAUUUUGAAAUUAGCAUUCAGUUAAGGUGUCUACUGAUAGUUUUACGAAUGAGCUAAUCUAUAUUUUAUCACUCGGCCCUCUUCAAGUCCUCUUCAGUGCUAACUUUUAUGUAGACACUUGGUCAAGUAGGUAGCGUAUUGUAACUUCCAGUGGCCAUUGAGAAUUGUUACAGUUUCCCAUUUGCCAGUACUCAAUGCUGAGUUGUAGAUUGUUUUAACUCAGAUUUGCGCAAUUUUGGUGAUAACAUAUCAAACCUUAGGCUAGGCCACUCAAGAGACUUACACCUGUGGAUCAGAUCUAUGUUUUAGUCACUCAUUUUUUGAAACUUUAGCUUUAUGCAAUUCAAUACCACUAUGCCCUCCCGACAUUUAAAACAAAAUGGAAGAUAUAUUCAUUGUUUUCCUUCUAUUCGUUGUUAUGAAGUAAUAAGUGAUAGACUUACACAGUUGUUGGUUCCAUUUGCAGAUCGAGUUACUAGCUUUGUAAGGCCUCUGCCAAGAGCAAUAGCCAUGCACUACUCCACACUUGAUCAUGAAACAUGUAGAUUAAAUGUUUAACAUAUUUUAGAUCUGCCUCAGCCAUAUUAACCUGCUUCUUUUCAGGUAUCAGGAAGACAAAAAUGCAUACUUUAACAAAUACUAAGUAACAAAUUAUAAUGUGAAAAUGCAGUUCCCACACAGUUACGACCUUACUCAGGAUUUAUCAAGCUUCUUGUUUCUGUCAUUUCCUUUCUUUCAUAGUCAAGACAACACUAUGUGCCGCCCCAUUAAACACAAAUAAGAUUGUUGGUAAAGCAAGGCGAAGUGCUGCAGACACAGUACCACUGCAGUCUGUCACUGUGGACCAUUUAUUAUUAUUGGACCAUAAUAUGAAACACGUCUUGUCCAGCUGCUCAGAGAACCAUUGCGGGAAAUGUGCACUAAUCUUACUUUCACUUAAAUGAUUGACAGAGAAGGGCACGCCCCCUGUGGGCGGGUGCAAUGACGACAAUGGUGAACCUUAACUGUUUCCAUAAUUUGUUCAUGGAUAUAUUCGCACCACAUAUGACUAUAUAAUUAUGGUACUAACAAGACAAUUGUUUGACACCAUUGAGUCUGGUGCUCUUCUAGUCAUGAUAAGGUGAUUUUAUACUUUAUACCUCUUCAUUUUUAUACCUCCGAGAUGUCUUGAAAUCUCUGAAUGUGUCCUGUCAAAAUAACGUAUACUGUCCAGCUCUGAGGGAGAUACUUAAAAAAAAAAAUUCUCAUCUUGUCUAACAACUCCAGUGCUUAAACGCUGAAUGUAGAUUAAUUCCACAACUUUUGGUAAUAUGAAAGUGGCUUAAGUAAUCGUGUGAUUGCUGUAUUUAAACAGCUUCAAAAGGAGGGUUCAUUAGCUAACCAGAAAUUGUAUGUUUUAUACUGUAAAAUAACUUACUGGUGUCCAGUCCCAUGUUAUGGCAUUUCAUUAGAGUACAGAUCUACAGUCUGAUGGUUGAAAUGAUUUCCAGUAGUCUUGUGCUAAAUUCCAAGUCUAGGAUCCUCAGUUUAUUUUAGAGUAUCUUCAUAAGAUCUGCAUAGACAGCGGGACUCACUGGAAAUAGAUGGAUUGUUUUUUUUUUUUUUUUUUGGAAACAGCCAAGCACCCUCUAAUAGAAGUUCUCAGCUUGUUUCUAUAAUGUAUUCAGAAAGGGUGGUAAGAUGUCUCUGCGCCUGAAAACUGUGCACAAUUAGAAUGUGUUUUUGUCUGCUUUGCUUCUUUUUUUUUUUUUUUUUUUAUGUUCCUACAUAUUUCUAGAUAGGAAGAGUAACAAUGGCAGAUCUCAGCAUUUGACUUGCUCAUUUUAUUAUUAUCUCCAAAGGGCCGUCUGUACAACAGAUAUAUACUGAAAUAUAUCUGUACCCCCCAGCCUUUGAAACAAUAAAUCUGUAUUUAAUCAAGUU